GAUGUACACAAAACUUAAGCAAAGGUAAGAGGUCACUGGCAUCGACUCCAAUUCGUAAAAGUUUCCCCAUCUGCUUAUAAGGUGAGUCUUGACGACACUGAAUCGACUUGGUUCUGUCCUCCAAUCACUCCUUCGACCACAUACCAAUACCUCAUGUCACCUGCGAAGCGCCCUCCCUCUUUCGUAUAGACCAUGAUUAUCCUCGCCUGUCCUUGGGCUCUCCAGCAGUAAACGAAGGUCAUGUUACAUCAUCCGUGAGCUACAGCGAGGUAAGAUCACACUGGCGACAGCUCAAGCAAGAAUCGAGUGCUUGGGAAACGAGUAUGACCUCGCCACUGCCCAAAACUUCUGAAAGACGCCCGAAUUGAACAAGAUUCAUCGAAAGCGCAGCACUCCUGUUUAUCUAACAUAGUCAUGUGCUUUCUUUUUCAACUCUCGUUUCCAGCUUGUACAGGUGCCGUGAGACUACGAAGAACGUCUAGACCAACGUGACCUUUCGUUUGAAAGGAUAGCCGCGAAACAUUCUUGAGUUCCAUCCGCAAUUUGCGGAUGUGUUCAUGCCCCAUUCGUCACCCAACGUGUGACCAAUUACUUGUUAUCCCUGAUUGUUAUCAUGACUUCGACUUUCACUCCCAUUGUAAAGAGGAUCCCAUCUUCAGAUGGAACUAUCAUAUUUGCUGAAGCAAUCGGCAAUCCUCUUAAUCCUGGUGUUAUCUUUGUACCCGGAUUAUGUCUAGAUUCCAUCGUUUUUGACUGCCUAUUCUCUGACAAGGCUCUGCUAGAGUGUGUCUAUAUGGUACGAUACAAUAUGCGUGGUAGUGGAAGGAGUGGCAAGCCAACCACGGCAGAAGGUCAUGCUUCACAGCUAUAUGCAGAUGAUUGGCUCGCAGUCGCCCGCGCCUUUAAUUUGAAAAAUCCCGUUCAUGUUGGUUGGAGUUAUGGAGCCACAGCUGUUACAGAUAUCUGCGCUAAUAUAACGCCAUUGCCUAUCUCAGGUGCCGUGUUCCUCGGCGGACUACCGUCCGUCGGUCUGGAACUCAGGCAGAAAGUCCUCAAGCCCAGGAUCGUUAGCGUCGCAUCCGAACUCAUAAAGCCUAUCACGUCGUCGUGGAUUCCAUUAAAGAUUGACUUCAUUGAAUCCCUAUUUGACGAAAAAGAUCACGUCCCUGAUAGUGUUAAAUUCACUUGGCUUGGCUCGACUGUCGGCUACACGCCAGAAGAUGCUAUCUUUGCCUUGACCCGUUCGCAGGAUCCUAGCAAGCUUUUCGAAGCCGGAUCGAAAGGUCUUCCUUUACUUGUUAUUUCUGGAGAGUUGGAUACACAUAACCGAGGCGAAGUACUGGUUCAAGAAAUGGAGCCUCAUUUCAAGAACAUCGAGUCCCUGAUGAUCGAGGGCGGUAGUCACGCCAUAUUUUACACCCAUCAGCAACAGGUAGUUGAAGCACUAUUGAAAUUUAUGGGCGACAUCCAAGGUGGAAAAUAUGGUUCAGCUCAUUGAAUCAGAUCUGUAGCAUCCCUUUUUUAUACGGCACAAGAGACUCAUAUGGGCGUGGUGUUCAAAUUUUACGUUUUACUCACUGAAAUUUUACUUUCAAAUGAAAUGGAUCAUAAG